CUUGCACUGCGCAAAACACUUUCCGACAUUCGACCGACGGACCCCGUGGUUCGAUUUUUUCAAUCUUUCUUGCAAUCAGAGAAACUGCGUGUUAUCAUUGUUAUCAAAAUAGUUGUUUUUUCACAAGUUAUCAUGUCGCUGGCACUCGAACAACGCGAAUGUAUUGUACAAGAGUGCGUAUCCGAGCUCAUAAAAACACUCACCGGUUUCGAGGAAUCUGACGAAAAUUUCACUCUAUGUCAUCAAUUUGCACAAGCAUCCAUACGGAACCAUCGGUUUCUGUCGGUGAACAGUCACGAAAUUCGCCGAAAAGCGGAAGGGUUGAUGGAGAAUCUACGGAUAACAAACAUGGAGCGGUUUGCUAAUCGAUUUCAGCUAUUGUACGAGGGUUUCAUUUUAGAACCGGCUUGUGCUGGUCACUAUGUACACGAUAUCCAGUGGUCAGUGCUCCUGUUCCUGAUGUCAGUUGCACACAAUCCAGUUGGUGCCCUUCGCGAGAGAGUUAGGAGAGGAUCCCCGGUACGGAUGAUAGAACCCAGAUUUCUGGUAAAGACUGAAUCAGUGCCAGAUGAUGAGAGGAAAAAACUGGUGGAGGAAUUGAAAGCGAAUAAUAUUCAAUUUUUGGAUGAUGAUUCGGAGCUGAGUGAGUGGUCCGACUCUGAGGAGGAGGAGGAAACGACCGGAAUCAGUCAAAAAGAUUCGAAAACAGUUCAAUUGGAAAUUGCGAAGGGCAUUGUGGUUUACACGAAAGUUGUACCUCCCCAGCGUGAACUAGGACAUGAAUGUUUCGAUGAAUCAACGUCAGAGAAAUGGUUGAAGGAUCAUGUUCAGUCUGGUUGGUGGAAGGAUUCGAAAGCCAAAGCUGCAGUAAACAGUAUUCACGAAGGGGCUUCGUUUUGCGAUUACUGGAAUCAAACGAUUUUGAAAGCGUCCCAUAGUUUUAUCAAGUCAGAUCCUAUUUCCACAGUGUCGGAAUAUUGUUUAAUUCGAGAAAUUAUGUGGAUGUUUACGAAUCCCAACAAUUGCAAGUUUUUUCGAAUUGAUGAUGAUCAGGUUUGGAUUAAUCCAAAUGUGUCUUUAUCUAGUGCUACGGAGCGAGGCCUUCAUACAUUCCUUAUCAAUUUUACUCAGCAUAUGACGAUUGUUUAUCGAUUGCGUAACUUUUGUCGUCGAGUAUCGGAUGCAACGAAUAAACCUUUCCCGGCGCCGUAUAGUUUUGAAUGCUACGCAUCCGGAGUUCGUGACUUCUUAGAACAUCUCGACAAGACUAUCGUUGAACUGGAGAAGCAGGCAGUUGCACAAAAACAAGAUAAAGUUCUCAGUAUAAUUACGUUGUUUCACGAUUUGGAACCGGAGUUCCGAUUGCUGACCAAUUUAAAUGAUAUUCAUCGCUUUUCGGUACUUGAAUGGACCAAAUUUCCCGCCCACAUCGCUGUAGCACAUUUGCUUUCGGGAUUGUUUCGGAGUGUCAAGCUCAGUGGCAAUUUGGAAAAAACUAAUCUAGCUUUUGCGUUACUGCUAUCAACGCUGAAAGGUUACAUGAAUAUUAUCGAUGUAUGGUGGACCGAGGGCAGGUUAGAUGAUUGGCGCGAGGAAUUCCUGGUAGAGCGAACUUACGCCGAGGAAGGAGGUCAAAUGACUGGCUAUAGAGCGCGACUGUUUUCCAAAUGUAAGAAGCGAUCAUUCUACGUUAGCGCAGCCAUUUCGGAAGUGAUCGAGAAUGAUGCUAUUAUUAGGCUGUUGAUGCAUCAUUCACUGGAAGCAGGCUACACGUUGAACAUCUUGAAUGACCUGGACAGAAUUAGUGAUUUGCGAAGAGGACAAGAAUCGGAGGAACCUAUUGUAUACGUGCGAUUCUUGGAAGGUAUCAUCCAAGUAAUGGAUGGCUUCAAAAUUAUAGAAGAUGAAAACAUGGAUGACGGGAUAAGGCAGCAUUUUGGGCACGUUCAACACAUUUUGAAGGACACAACUACGACGUCAAAACUGCAAAAUAUUCACAAUCAAAUAAAAGAAAUUUGUGAUGAUGAAGUACUGAUGCUAGCCUUGGGAACUUCUCUACAGCUGGCUUGUAUAGACGACGAAGAUGGGGAAUCUGAUCUAUCACAGGAGACUGAUAUAAGCUGCUUGACCAACGCCAAUUCAUUGUUUCGUCGACUGAAUUCGAUAUCCGGUCAUUUAACGCUCCCUCUGGAACAAGUUCUAUUUAGUGCUAUUAAAAAUCUUAUGGAAACAAAACGCCAAGCAGCUAAUCACUUCGUCACCACAAUUUACAAAGAGGAAUUCCUUGUUUUAAAUCAUUUGAAGAAUGUUCGUAAAGUGCUGCUUUUAGAAGCCAGUGAUCUUAUGUACUAUUUCUACAGUGAUCUGUUCCGCCGAAUCGAAGCUGGAGAUAAUUGGGCCAACCCGUAUUUGCUUACUAUUCAGCUAAAUGAUAGUCUUUCAUCCAGAUUCAUCGAUAUGACGUCACUCUUCACAAUUGAGAUUAUGUCGGAUUGUAAAUAUGAAACGACCACUGUGCUGGAUGCAAUAGAUAAGAUACGAAUUCUAUACAAUCCCAGUCAAGAUCUGAGCAACAUGAUUAACGAGCAAACGCUGAGCAGCUACAACUGCGUCUUCCGAUUUUUGUUGAAGGUAAAAUGGGCUUUACACACAUUGGAAUCGUUGCGCUUUCCUGAGUGCUACAAAAAAAAGCCUCCGUAUGAGGAACCAUGUGUGUUGGAUUUGAAUCUCAAGCGACUGGCAAUGUUGAAGUUUUGGAUGAUCUUCACUGUGCAGUGCAUCCACUCUCAUCUGAUGACACAUGUCUUGCAAUCGCUGGGGAUGCAACUGGACAAAAGACUGGAAGCAGCUGAGAAUCUGAACGAUAUGAUAGCUGUGCAUCAGUUAUAUAUUAGCACAAUUUACGAGCACUGUUUUCAGGCGGAGGAAAGUCAAGUUUUUCGGGAGAGUGUCAUACGAUUGUUGAAUCUGGUGCAUAUUGUUAGGGAUGAAUGGAACAGUAAUGUUUUAUAUACAGAAAUGGAUGCUCGUGGAGACAUAGAAGAUAACAGCAUGAUUGGCGAUUUCAUUAGCAACGCACAAGUUGGUAUGCUGGAGAAAACCUAUUGCAAGUGUCACCAUCAACUGGCGGAGCUACUCAACAAGGAAGUUUACACGAAGCAUAGAAUGCAUCUAACAGCACUGGCGGAUGCACUGAGCUCCAAUGUACCAUACUAACCGUGUCUUAUAAUCAGCCCCGAGAUUCUCGAAUGAAUAAUACAAGUUUUUCAGUCAUUGCCAGCAAGUUUAUGUUUCAAUGCACAAAAUGUCAUACUCUCAAUAAUACUUUUAUAAACGCAAAAUCCUUUGUCGUCA